CCGCUGCCUCUUGUAGCGGAGGAAUGCCCCUGCUACAUCUGCCGCGUCGGGACGCGGAGCUCUGUCAGAUGUGUCCCUGGGACUGCAGCCGCUCGUCUUUAACAAGGACCAUGUUUCUCGAAACAACAUGGUAGACCUCUUGAGCGUGGACGGCCAACACUGAUCUACUCACCACGUUAAGGAGAAGCCAGACUUCCGCUCAUCUUGUCGUUGGCUCCUCAGCAUGGCCCCUUAACUCCCCCCACCAGCCGCCAGGACUCAGUGUUGCACUCCGAGCCAUCAGACGGACUCCCGCUCCGCUUUUCCCUGUGUCGCUCUACCAACUCCUGAAGAUCCGUCAAGAUGUUUUCUGCCCUGAAGAAGCUGGUGGGCUCUGAGCCGGGCCAGCUCCGAGACAAGAACAUCCCAGCUGGGCUGCAGUCCAUGAACCAAAGCCUGCAGCGGCGCUUCGCUAAAGGGGUCCAGUACAACAUGAAAAUCGUCAUCCGGGGCGACAGGAACACCGGGAAGAGCACUUUAUGGCACCGACUGCAGGGCAAGAAGUUUGUGGAGGAGUAUAUUCCCACUCAGGAGAUCCAGGCCACGAGCAUCCACUGGAACUACAAGACUACUGAUGAUGUGGUGAAGGUGGAGGUGUGGGACGUGGUAGACAAAGGCCAAAAAUAUCCUCUUCCCGAAGGUGUAGGCAAAGGGAAACGGCGCGGGGACAACUUAAAACUGGAGAACGAGCCCCAAGAGUCGGACGAGGUGGCUCUGGAUGCCGAGUUCCUGGACGUCUACAAGAACUGCAAUGGAGUCAUCAUGAUGUUUGACAUUACCAAGCAGUGGACGUUUAACUACAUCCUGCGGGAGCUGCCCAAAGUGCCCACGCACGUUCCCGUGUGCGUGCUGGGGAACCACAGAGACAUGGGCGAGCACCGGGUCAUCCUGCCCGACGACAUCCGGGACCUGAUCGCCGGACUCAACAGACCGAUGGGCUCGUCUUACAUCCACUACGCCGAGUCGUCCAUGAAGAACGGCUUCGGCUUGAAGUACCUGCACCGGUUCUUCAACAUCCCCUUCCUCCAGCUGCAGAGGGAGACGCUGCUGAGGCAGCUGGAGACCAACCAGCUGGACAUGGACGCCACGCUGGAGGAGCUGUGUGUGCAGCAGGAGACGGAGGAUCAGAACUACGACAUCUUCCUGGAGAACCUGGAGUCUCGCAGUAAAGGCUUCGGCUCUCCCGGUCCGGCCAACGGUCAGAGCCCGUCCUCGGGCUCUCAGUCGCCGGUCGUCCCCCCCAGCGGCGCCUCGACGGGCAGCUCCAGCCCCAGCACCCCGCAGCCUCCCGUCCCCCCCCAGGCGCUCCCUCAGUCGCCGGCGUCGACGGCCUCUCCCGCACCUCAGCCGGCAGUGGCGGCUUUGGCGGGUGGCGGCGCACCGUCGCCCACGGCUGAAAUGAAACCCUCGGCGGUUCAGUCACCAGAACACCUCCAGUCGGCCGCGGCGGCGUCGCAGAAACGCGGCUUCAUAUCUCGCUGGUUCGGAUCGUCUCCCGCUGCCGAGGCUGCGGCUGCCGGGCCAGAGGAGCCGGCCGCCCCGGCGUGUCCCGCCAAGGUGCAGAGCGUGGACGACUUCGUGCCGGACGAGCGACUGGACAGAAGUUUCCUGGAGGACAGCCUCCCCUCCAAAAACAAGACGGCCCAGCCGGCCCCGGCCCCGACUCCAGCUGUGGACAGCGACAGCGAUGGGGAGGGCAGAGGGAACCCCAUGGUGUCCGGCUUCCAGGACGAGCUCGACCCCGACGACACCGAGCCCGGCCUGCCCCAGCCCAAGACCCUGCCCCCCAGCAAAGACAUCACCCUGACCAGUGACGAGGAGGAGGGGGUCCCAGCGCCUCCGCUGGUCACACAGGACCAGGACCUGGACAGUGAGCCUGACCUGAAAGCGCCUGUGAUCCACAUCACUAAACCAAAGGGUCCGUCUAAACCGGUGGAGCCCCGGGGUCCCAACGCGGCCCCCAUCUCCCUCACUUUGACCCCUACGACUGAGCAGCCGGCUCGACACCAGACCAAGAAGAAGGCGGGCACGCCCAGAGCCGAGGACUCGGACACGGACCCCGAGGCCCCCGUGGCUCAGCAGAUGCUCUCGUUCGUCAUGGACGACCCGGACUUCGAGUCUGAAGCUUCAGACACUCCAAAAAUAGCAAAGGAAGCGUUCCCGGUCAGAGACGAGCUUCUGUCCGACCUCUCCGACGAUGACGUGCAGCUGGCCAAGGUGCCCGAGCCGCUGAAGCCCACCGUCAUCUCCUUCAAGCCCAAGGACGACGCCGACCUGUUCGGCCUGGGAUUCCAGGAGGAGGCUCCGCCCACCAAGGACAGCAGCGAGGACCAGGAAGAGAAAGAAGGCAAGCAUCCGUCUAAGGACAAGAAGAAGAAGAAGAAGAAGAGCAAAGAGGAGGACGACAAGAACAAGAAGAAACACAAACACAAGAAGAAGGAGAAGGACGAGGCCGCGGCCGGGGACGACAAAGAGAAGAAGAAGAAGAAGUCGUCCCGGAGCAAGAAGACCGACGUGGACGAGCUGGAGGACUUUCUGGGCGGCGGCGGGGCGGCGGCGGUCAAGAGAGACGACGGCGACUACGAGGAGCUCUAAGAGCACCGCCGUGUUGACUCUGUGUGCGUAAAGCAGCGUCUCCAAGCCAUACGCCCCGGUCAGACCUACCCCAGGACCCCGGUACGUACGCCCCACCCCUCAUCUGCACUACUGCUGUCACUUCCAUUCCAACCCGGCCGGAGCGCACGAGGAUGCCGCCCGCCGCACGUACUCUACCGAGCCGAGACUCCAGACUGAACGGUCCCAUCCAAACUGUAAAUACGGUUCUGCUGUCGUGUGUCCGUGUGGUCGGUGUGAUAACGGAGAGCAUGCUCACAGUGACCACUCACUCCUUACUUUAUUUCUUUUCUACUUGUCGAUGGCAGAUUCUGUCUCGUGACUCAUAACGAACUCUGAUUCAAAGAAGGUCUUCAGAAGUUUACGUCCACGCUAAGUCAGCUAAAUCUCAAUAUCCGUGAGGAAUUGUUUACGGAGACGCCACCGCUUUGGGUCAUAAUCUCCUAAUAAUUCAUUGUUUUCAUGAAAUUGAUCACAUCAAGGUUUGUUACCAGUGCUGUCAAACGGUUUUAGAGCUGCUGCCUCUCCCUGUGCUAUGGUUGCUACUUCGCUACACUUCUCUUCACCAGUCAGAGUAACAUUAGCAUUAGUUACCUUUAGCAUUGCAGCCAGUGAAACGCCAGCUUCUUGUUUUUAAUCUUUCUUCUUCCACUAUUUGAAAAAGUUCUUUUUCUUUUCAUUAUUUCAAGAAACUCCUGCUUAUCUUUUUAAUCAUGAAGUAACUCCCAGGAACAUAAAAGAUGGAACCAUAGCGUUAGCUUGUAGCUGGUAUUGGCUACACCAUCUGACGGAGUACUUUUAAGAUAACGACCUGAUGGGAGAUAUUUGCUUUUAAUCAUGAGAAUAAAUUUAUAUUGAAGUUACUUUCCAAUGAACCUGAAAAGGAUUUAAAUUAUCAAAAUAAAGAGAGAAGUACAAAAAGUGAUGGAAUUGAGCAUUUCCCACGCUGUGCGGCAGGUUGGGAACUAACUCUAGAAAGGAGCUAGCUUAGCGUGGACGUCCUCUCGUUAGCCAAACUCUGCGGCUGCGGCCAUGUGUUCCAUAGUCGCUUUCGUGUCAUUCUGAAGUCGCUGGAACUAACGCUCGCUUGCGACCGCGCCGUGCACCGUUGGCGUGCUCCACCCCCCGGGGCUGCGUUCAAACUCCUCCCUGCGUUUCCUGCUGCUCGGCCUCAACGGAGGCCACCGGGAGGGACAGAACCUGUUCUCACUGGAACCUGUGGCGCCGCUCGGUGGGCUCUCACUGUGGUCUCGGCCCUCCAGCGGGGGUCCGAGUCGCUCUUAAAACCUGACGUAAGAUUGCAGUGAAUCGGUGUAUUUGUUUGUUUGAUCCUCUGUAACUUUUCCUCAUUGAGUUAUUUAUUGCUUCUUCCAUUGCAAAGUGUCUGUCUUGUUUUGUCUUUGUGUGUGUGUGUGUGUGUGUGUGUGUGUGUUUUUUUUUCCCCCCCUCCAUCCAACCUCCAUCCAAAAGGGUCAUCUCAUAUCUCUGAAUUUUUACUCCGUCUCCCUUGAAAGCUAAAGCUACGCGAUGGAUCCUUUUUAAUGUCUGAAUGUGUGAGAACUUUAAGGACGUUUGUUCGAGAACUUCAACACUUUUGUUUUUGUAACCUAACCAAGUAUUUGGGCUUGUAAUACCGCUUUGUACCACAAGAGGGUGCAGUGAGUCACGUCGGCGCAGAUUCCCACUGAGUUAGUUCAGAAGUCAAGGCUUCACCAGCAGUUGGAUGAUGAACAGACUAGAUGCUGCAGCCAACAGAAGACGCCAAUGGUUACCAAAUCUUCCGUGUUCUAUCUUUAAAAGUCACAAUGUAAAAUCUGUCUGAAGCAGCUUAGACUCUGUCAUCAAAGUGUUGGACUAUGGCUAGCCUGUUAGAUGGUUCAGUGAAUCCCUCCGCAGUCUGCCUUAUAAUACCCGUUUACCACACUUGAGGCUGCUGCGAGUCGUUUUAAAUUGGGAGUUUAUGGUUCAUGCUAACUGUCAUUCAGACAAACAGACUGCACCUCCCCUAAAGACCCCAAGCAGCUUAAAUCGGAAGUAUCGUACCUUUAGACCGUCACUGCUUUCUGUCUGGAGUUUUACAGACACAAGCCAGUUGAAGCAUGGCCAGUCUUGCAAUACCGUGUUCUACCACAAGGUGGUGCAUUGAGUCAGUUUGACUCUUCCCAUAAAAAAGAAACGGCAGAUUUUAUCUCUCGCAAACAACGAACAACAAACUGCAAAAAAAGAAGAAAAAGUGACUGUGCUGCCACCCGGUGCACAAACGUGGUAUUACUGAAAUCUUACGUACUGUACCUUUUAAAAAAAAAAAAAAAUAUGAAAAAUCUUCACUGCUUUGAUUUUUAAUGUUUAGUUUUCAUACAUCUCAGAGAGACUCACACAUGAACACACUCGGUUUACAAAGAAAACACUGUUUGAUAUUCCAAAGUUGAAACUAUGCAGCAUUGAUCCUGAAUACUGUUUCCUCCCGUUGUUUCUUUCUUUCUGUAUCGUCAUGACGACGUGUCAGAGCCACGCUAAAAAAAUAGAGAAAUAAAGAUUUUUAUUUUUACAUUCUGAGUUUGAAGUCGACGUGAUGCAAUAAUGGCAAAAACUCUUCAAUCUUGAUUUUGAUUCAGCUUUCUUUGAGGAAAAAAACUUUACUUUUCAUUGAAGCUCUUCUUGACUUUCUCUUCAAUUCUUCGCAUCGUACUUUUAUCCUCUAUUUAUCCUCAAUAUUUCAGCGUUAGUUCCAGUUUGUUUUUUAUAUUUCAGCUGCAUUUUUCUUUUUCCUGAUGUAUCCAUCACAUUUCUAUCUUCUCAGCGCUUUUUGUCAUAACUGGCCAGGUAUCGGUUUAUUUUGACGUCGUUGAUGGCUUUUCAACUCACCGUCCCCGCUCUGCCCUUCAUAUUUUCAAUCUUCCCACUUUAUUCUCGAUACAUUGAGAUUGAAAUUUUAUUCAUUUUUCACUUAGUAGGGUUCUCAGCUGCUCGCCUCUUCUUUUUUGAUAUAUCAAAAAUAUUCCAACAUAAUGAUGGACUUUGUUUCUUUUCUUAACUUUAUUCCUGAUUUUUAGACUGGUUUUUUUUUUUGUUUUUGUAACAUCUCAAUUUUCAACCUGAGUUCACAACAUGUGGACUUCAGUCUCCCAAUACCCAUAUUUUUCAGGCAUAUCUCAACUUUACCUUGAGCUUGUUCUCAACCUGUCAACUGUAAGGUGGAUUAUUUUUCAUGGUUUUGUAUAUAACUUUUCAUCUUUCGCCUCUCUCCUCCACAUUUCGGCUGUCGACUUAAUUUUUUGACUUUGUUCUCAGACUGUAAAUUGAGCUAAAUGUUUUUUUGUUUUUGUGGCCUUGAACACGUCGUCGUACAUUGAGGAUGAAUGCUGACAGCACAGUUUCAAGCCAAGCACGAGACUUCAAUGUACAGCAGGAACAGAAUGUAUAGAGAAC